ACCGCCUCCUCUCCUUCGUCUUCGCCAAGAGACACCAAGCUCAGCUGCGGCGGCUACCACAACCACAGCUCCCCAAGCUUCCCCGCCCUCGCCGUCGUCCCUCGCACCGCCGGCGCAGUUCGCGAUCUAGAUCUCGGAACCAGCCGUCACCGGGACAUAAAAGGGCGCGUCGGAGAUGAGCGUAGUGGGGUUCGAUCUGGGCAACGAGAGCUGCAUUGUGGGCGUGGCGCGGCAGCGCGGGAUCGAUGUGGUCCUCAACGAGGAGUCCAAGCGGGAGACGCCCGCCAUCGUCUGCUUCGGGGACAAGCAGCGCUUCAUCGGCACGGCCGGCGCCGCCAACUCCACCAUGAACCCCAAGAACUCCAUCUCGCAGAUCAAGCGCCUGCUGGGCCGCAAGUUCGCCGACCCCGAGCUGCAGCAUGACAUCCAGUCCUUCCCGUUCCGCGUCACCGAGGGCCCCGAUGGGUUCCCGCUCGUGCACGCGCGGUACCUGGGGGAGGAGCGCUCCUUCACGCCCACGCAGCUGCUCGCCAUGGUGCUGUCCAACCUGAAGGCGAUCGCCGAGGGCAACCUGAACUCUGCUGUGAAUGACUGCUGCAUCGGGAUCCCGGUGUAUUUCACUGACCUGCAGCGGAGGGCUGUUAUCGACGCUGCAACUAUUGCGGGUCUGCGGCCGCUGCGGUUGUUCCAUGAGACUACUGCUACGGCGUUGGCGUACGGGAUCUACAAGACCGAUCUCCCUGAGAGCGACCAGCUGAAUGUCGCGUUUGUCGAUGUCGGGCAUGCCAGCAUGCAGGUCAGCAUCGUCGGGUACAAGAAGGGGCAGCUCAAGAUGCUGUCUCAUUCAUAUGACCGCUCUCUUGGUGGAAGGGACUUUGAUGAAGCCCUGUUUAAGCACUUCGCGGCGAAGUUCAAGGAGGAAUACAAGAUUGAUGUCUACCAGAACGCCCGUGCCUGCAUUAGGCUGCGCGUGGCGUGCGAGAAGCUCAAGAAGAUGCUGAGCGCCAAUCCGGAGGCACCAAUGAACAUUGAGUGCUUGAUGGAUGAGAAGGAUGUGCGAGGUUUCAUCAAGAGGGAUGAGUUUGAACACAUCAGCGCCCCGGUACUAGAGCGUGUUAAGGGGCCACUGGAGAAGGCCUUGGCUGAAGCUGGCUUGACCACAGAAGAUGUGCACUUUGUUGAGGUUGUUGGAUCAGGCUCUCGUGUUCCCGCUGUAAUGAAGAUCAUCACCGAGUUCUUUGGGAAGGAACCAAGGAGAACUAUGAAUGCAAGUGAAUGUGUUGCCAGGGGAUGUGCUCUUCAGUGUGCUAUCCUUAGCCCCACCUUCAAAGUGAGGGAGUUUCAGGUUAAUGAAGGGUUUCCCUUUUCAGUUGCUUUAUCAUGGAAGCCAGAUGCUCAGAACAAUGAACCCCAACAAACAGUUGUAUUCCCAAAGGGGAAUCCAAUCCCUAGCAUCAAGGCUCUGACCUUCUAUAGGUCCACUACAUUUCCAGUGGAUGUUUUGAAUGUUGAUACAGAUGAUAUGCAAAUAACACAGAAAAUUAGCACUUACACGAUUGGCCCAUUCCAACCGAGCAAAGGUGAGAAGGCUAAACUGAAAGUGAAAGUUCGUCUCAACAUCCAUGGGAUUGUCUCUCUUGAAUCAGCAAUGAUGCUGGAAGAGGAGGAAGUGGAAGUUCCAGUUUCAGCUACAAGUGAGGUUCCAAAGGAUGCUACUAAAAUGGACACAGAUGAUGCACCACGAGACGAUGACAAUAUGCAAGAACCUAAAGGUGCUUCAGAUACUGCUGAUGGUGCUGCUGAAAAUGGGGCUGGUGAUUCUGAGGAAAAAACUGUUCCGAUGGAUACAGACACAAAGGUCGAGCCAUCCAAAAAGAAAGUUAAGAAGACAAAUGUUCCAGUCGCUGAAACGGUUUAUGGUGCGAUGGCUGCUGAUGAGCUGGCUAAAGCAGUUGAGAAAGAGUAUGAAAUGGCUCUUCAGGACAGAGUGAUGGAAGAAACCAAGGACAAGAAGAAUUCUGUGGAGGCUUAUGUUUAUGACAUGCGUAACAAGCUCAAUGAGAAGUACAAUGAAUUUGUCAAGUCGGAGGACAUAGAAGGAUUGAUGACUAAGCUUCAGGAGGUUGAGGAUUGGCUGUAUGAAGAUGGUGAGGAUGAGACCAAGGGAGUCUAUGUCGCAAAACUAGAAGAACUUCAAAAGGUUGGUGGUCCAAUUGAGAUGCGCUACAAAGAGUGGACUGAAAGAGGCCCGGUUCUUGAGCAACUGGUGUACUGCAUUCGCAGUUUUAGAGAGGCUGCGCUAUCUGUUGACCCAAAGUUUGAUCACAUAGAUAUGUCAGAGAAACAGAAGGUCAUUAAUGAGUGCUCGGAAGCCGAGAACUGGCUACUUGAGAAAAAGCAUCAGCAAGAUGCUCUACCGAAGCAUGCUAAUCCCGUCCUCCUUGUUUCUGACAUAAAGAAAAAGGCUGAAGCACUUGACAGGUUCUGCAAACCGAUCAUGACCAAGCCAAAGCCUGCACCGAAGCCACAGACCCCACCACCAGUGGAGACCCCAGCAUCUGAGGCUCAAACACCAGAACCACAAUCAAGUGGUGCCAGUGAGCCUGGCGAACCAGCGAGCGAAGGAGCUGAUCAGGGUGAGUCUACUGCGGAGCAAAUGGACACUGAUAAAGCCGAUCCGUCCCCAGCAUAAGGACUUCCGAUCAGAGGAGAUUUUAUGUCAAUGAUCGGUUGCAUUCUCCUGUGCUUUUGGUCUGCUAGGGCAACAAACUAGAAGGAACGGCUGUUUCCGUACGUUGUGAGGAUAUAUGUAUUGGAACGUGGAGAGUUCUGCAGUGUUUCUAGCUGGUAUUAAGAACUGUUUUUCCUUCUAUGGCUGGUGAACUGGACGAUGCAUGCAGGAUAAGGGCGCCCUUCCAGGUUUUGGUGACCCGUUGUCUGUGGUGUAAUUUUUAUUGACGAUGGUCCAUAACGUUGUAAUUUUACAUACGGUGGUCCAUAACGAUUCAGAAAUUUUUGGUCAAAGAUUUCCUUAAUUCCUGUUA